GCCUCGGCGCUGUGCACCGCCACCUCCUCGAAGUGCCGCAGCCCGCCCGAGUGGUCGAAGUGGACGUGGGUGGCCACGGCCAGCAGCGGCCGCGGGCCGGCGCCCUCCAGCAGCCCGGCGGCGCGCAGGUAGUCGGGCAGGCUGCGCAGCCCCAGCCCGGCGUCGAUCACCACGUCGCGCUGCGAGCCCCGCACCAGCCAGAUGUUGGCCCGGUUGCCCGACUCGUAGAAGCGCUCCUGGAUCCAGAAGAUGCCGCCGCCCAGGGGGGACCAAGGCUGUUGUGACGAGUGUUUGCACCCACACUGAUACCUUCAGGGACAUAAGUAACUCCAGAUGGCUGGGUCAGGUAGAGGAAGAGGACGUGCUGCGUUUACCUUCAACAUUGAGGCCAUUGGCUUUUCUAAAGGUGCAUCUCUUCCCGACGUUGUGUGUAAGCCUCCCCCACCAUUUCCUAGUACAGACAAUAAGCCAGUGCCUCUGAAAACAGGAGAAGACGAAGAUUACAUGUUGGCCUUAAAACAAGAUUUUAGAGGAACUAUGAAAAAAAUGCCAUAUUUUUUGGCAGUAGAAGAAGAACGUGAAGCAAUUGAAAGGUACAGUAAAAAGUACCUGAGUAGGGAAAAGGAGCAUGCAGCGUGGACCCCAGAUUGGAGAAGACUCCCAAGAGAGAUGAAGCCAAGAAAAAAAAUGAAAAAAGCAGGUGCGAAACCAAGAAAGGCAAACAGUUCUGACCCUAAAAGUAAUCUGGAUGUGUUGAAAAAAAUUGAGGAGUUGGAAAAGAAGGAUGAUGAAGAAGAGAAAUCUGAAGAUGAGAAAGACAAAACAAAAGACAAAGAAGGUGAAGACGAUGAUGAAGCAGAAGAACCAGAGGAAUACGACGAAGAGGAGCACGAAGAGGAAAAUGACUACAUUUCUUCGUAUUUUGAAGAUGGAGAUGACUUUGGUGCUGGCAGUGAUGACAAUAUGGAUGAAGCAACGUACUAGCUAUUGUUGCUAGGUGGUAUACUGUUCAAGCCUUACACUACUUGAAAUAUAAACCUGGAGGUAGGCUGGGUAUCACUGACAAAACUUAUGCAUUAUCUCCGUUGGGUUUAGGUAUACUCUCCAAAAAAAUACUGGACAACUUUAUUUUAAUCAUGCUAUGCUGUGAAAUAGGGUCCUGGAUCCCACAUCUUUUUCUUUUGCCAUGUUUUGCAGACAUGCACCUUUUUAAGGUUCUCUGGAAUGUUUACUGAUUGAGCAAGCUAGAUGCCAUUGUACUGCCUCUGCACAAACAAAGAAUGUAUGCAUUCUAAUUGAAUUGUGCCUAAGCAUUUGCACUAGUCAGUUCUAUGCUUUAGCUGUUAAAUCUUGAAAACAAGUGAAAUUCUUGAUAACUGGAGCAAAGCAAAGAUAGGACCUUUAUGGGAAUAAGCUGCUUAUAUUUAGCAGCAGACUUCUUUGAAGGAAUUUAUGUAACUUCUGAAUUCAGGUGACUGAAAAUAAUUGACCACUAAGCACUUUAAUAUAAACUGACUUGAAAUACGGACUAACAAGGUAAUGAGAGUAUUUUGAAGAGCCGUUACGCUAGUCAACAGAACUCUUACCUUUAUUGAAAAGGGACAGUAAUAUUUAACCGUGUUACAUUGCCUUUAUGCAUCAGCGUUAAGUAAUAAUUAAAGGUAAUUUCAUUUAGCAAGAAUGGCAGAAAUUAAGAUUGAGAAAUGUGAAUCAUAAUUUUCAUCUUUGUCAUACAGAUUGAAGUGACAAGAAUUUUAGUCCUUUGCCUUGAUUUCUCUGCCUAUUUAGGCAAAACUAACUUUUCUACCUCACAGAGCUGUUAAGUGAGAUGGCAGAUAUCUAUGUAACUGCUAAAGCAUUUACUUGCUUUCCUACAAAACUGAGACAAGCUUUACAGACAGCAAAAUCAAUAAAAAGACAAAAACAUAGGAAAGGAAAGUGGUGAAAUAUUUUGAUGCAUGAGGUUUUAAUUAGGAAAACAUGAGUGCUGAGAAUAGCAAAGCUAGAAUGCUUGGAAACACGUAUCUUAUUUUAGAGCCAGAUAAAAUGUAGAUUUAUUCCUGAGAUUAGAAAGCAAAGGAACACAAUGACAGCGUAUUGACAAUGACUGUGUCCUUUUGUCUUUUGAUGAUAUGAAAUACCAUUUAUCAGUGUUAUUGAUCAGGUUAUUACGUUCUGUUCCUGGUAACUUAGUGCUAAUGAUUAUCAGGGUUAAUGAAAGAACAGUUUUAAGACAAAACCAAUUCUUUCAUCAGAAGAGCUUUCCUUGGAAGUUUGGUGUUUUGUCAAGCAGUGCUUUGUCUCACUGCUGACUAGAAAAUAGUACACCAUUAUUCUAGGGAUCAUUCUGUGCAAUAAGGUACAGCUUAAGGUAUAGCUUUCAAGUGUUCUGAUAAGUUACAUAUCCAUUCUAAAGGAAAUGAAACUAAAAUUCAACAUGUCACACCUCAGAGGUAUACUUGUGUUUUGAAGCCUGUACAAAUAGUGUUUAAUAAACGUUCUGCUGUAUUGCACAGAAAGUGCAUUCUGUUGUGUUUUUUUUUGACAACAUAGAUGCUAGCAGUUGUUUAUUGAACAGUUGGGCCUGUUUCUUUGAUGUGACAUAAACUCUUCAUCAUCUUUAAAAGGUGAACUAUUGUUACCUGUCCUACAGAGGGAACCACACAAGUCUCAGGAUAGAUCUUUUAAGACCAAUUGAACAAUGGCAGAUAAGGCCAAAGCUGAAGAGCAGCCAGAGUUCUAGGAUUCACCUCUGAAAUGAAAUGGUAAAGAGACAAAACACCAACAUAGGAAAACAGGUGUUUCUAACUGCUGAGAAUUUAUUGCAACACCAUAAUGCUGAUAAAACUCAGGCUGUCCAUUGGGUCUCUGCAAACUUUGGAUUUGGGUAGAUUUAAAUUCAAAUUCUGUCUUAACAGCACAGCAGAAAAAUACUGGUAUGUUGUACAAGAAGGCAAGCCACUGCUUUUAGCUUCCAGUGUGCAGGGAGCUUGCCAGCUAAAAGCUUCGCUAGGAACUACCUGUCUAGCCAAGGCCAGUGGCUGUUCGGUGCUCAGCUGCUUACCAGCGCUAACCUGUGGCCACAACCUUGAUUUCUCAUACCGAUUUUUUAAUGCUCAUUUCAGAGAACUAACAAGUUCUCGGAACUUUAUACAGAAGAGUUCCAAGUUACACAAGACAGGCACAGGACAAACAUUUAAGUUACCAGUUAUACCGCACCAGACGUGAACGCUACAGGCAGCUUCUGCCAACAAAGUUAACUUGUUGGCCAAAGAGUAAUUUAGAUCACACAGAGAAACUAGCCAAAACAAAUAGGAGCAGUGGCCUCCUAUAACAAAUGCAAAAUAUAGAGAGUUAAGAAUACACUGUAUGUACCACUUUCACUGCAGUCUAAAAUAAAAUCUUUAUUUUAUGCAUAUUACUUAUGUUCUUCUAAAAGUAGAGGAGCAAAAGUAUUUUAAAUAAAACUUGCAUCCUCACUCAGGAUUAUUUCACAAAGUUAUGGUUUGAACCUUUAUAAAACAGUUAUACAAAGAUUAUUUCUGACAACAUAUUCCAAAAUAUAGCGGAUUUAAAGUAUUUAAAAUUUCAUAUGAUCCAACAGUGCAAUAUGCACUUAUAUUUAAAACCAACUUCCAGACCAACAAUGUGUUGUAAUAUGAUUUACCAUUCAGUUACUUUCAUUUUCAAGUCAAUUUCUAAAAGUCUGGUUUUACAAUUAAUUUACUAUAUCAGUUUUUAGUUCCAUACAGAGCAGUUACCUAGUUUAUUCAGAACUAAUAGACAAGGACACAUUGCCAGUAACACGUACUUUGGAAAAAACAGUAUAAAUCCCCAUAUCCUGUAAAUAGAAAAGCCAGCUGAUGCUUGUAGAUUCCUACUGCCUGAAGUCCCAUGAUCUUGGAAAGAGACUUACUGUGUUUUCUCAUAAUGUUAAUGUUCUACUUUAAAAAUAUGCUAUGUGAAAUAUGCUACGUAACAAUAUAAACAUGCCAGGCUCUUGGUCAGAGUAUAGUAUUUUUCAGCAAAACUUUCCUUUUUUUUUUCCUAAUCAAUGCUUACUAUCACACCUUUAGCAACUGAGUGACAAAGCCACAGGCCUUAAAACACCGUAAAAAGCCCAAAGAAGCCUGAGACAUUAAAGAACCAUUCGGCUCUAACACCACCAACAAAAGGAUCUCUUCUCUUAAAUAUAAACAGCAGAGACCUUUCUGACCACAUUAAACCACAAUUGAAAUUAAGUUCACUUCAGACGUGAUGGCAAUUUAAUACCAGCCUGUUAACGUAUGGAUAGUAACUUAGGCUUAUGUUGCGUAUCACACUAGUUAAUCUCUUGUUCUUCAACAAUUUCCUAAGAAAUGAAAGGAUAAAGUUCCAUAAACGGAGAGGGAAUGAUAGAGGAAGAGACAAACCAACAAAUAAGCUAACAGAAAAGUUGACCCAUUAUGUACCAGGUCCCAGGCUUGGCAGAACACUGGCUAAUUUGUCUUGAUGUGCUAAAGUUCUGUUGUACAGAAAAGAGCAAACCACCUCUUCCUAAAGUUGGCUUGCUUUUAAACUUCUAGCCAUAGAAGGUACAUCACACUUGCCACCAUAAAUUAUUUUGCAACUCAACUUUUCGCACAGCCUUACCCUGAACUGGCACUUGAACAUUCAUGCUUGCAUUAUUACCGUAUUGUUUUCAUGGAAAGAAAAUUUAAAAAGAUCUUUGAAAACAAGCGGCACGCAAGACACAAACUUCACACUCAUUUAGAAUGCCUCUUCUCAUGUGGAAACAAUGAGUAGCCACACUGUCUCCAGAGAUACUACUUUGGUUGAAGGGUUCCACAGCCACUAGCCACAGUUCACAGGUCCAACCAUGCAUUCCCUUCAAGCUUUAGGCUAUUUCAAUCUACACUGAAAGUAAACCAAUUCACGUUCAUGCCCUUAGCAUGCCAGUGAAGGUUUGCCCCAUAGUGGCAGAAGCCUUUACUUUCAAAAUUCAAGUUGAUAAAGCACUUUUGAAUACUUCCUAUAGUUAAAAAAAAAAGUUGCUUUAUCAGUUUUUUUUCCCCCCCACACACUUUAUAUACUUGAUCAAGACACUCAAAAGAGAGCUUUUAAUAGUGUUUAAAUCAAAAAGAUAGUGAUAUUUUCCAUUUCUAAGUCUUAUGAAAGUCAGUUAGCUUCAGCUUUAGUAACAAGUAUUACUUAAACAGCACAACAGAAACCUUAUUCCACAAGGCAAAUAGAACAAAAAAUUAUAAGUAACAUUUCAUUUUUUAUUUUAUAAUAUUCAGAGCACACCAGUACCUCUUUACUUCUUUCUGUAGAAGUCUUUUUUUUU